AUGUUUGUUGUGUCUUUUCAUGAAGUUCCUUCUCUUGUUGACGAAUCUGACGAUGAAGAAGCUAUGGAGCGAAACGCCUUUCGAAUCGAGGAAGAUGUGGCUGGUUUCACUGAUGAGGCUCCGAUCCGUCAUGAUAUUAUUCCAGAGAGUGAGAGCGACAGUGAUGCUGAGGAGGAAGAGGGACAAACACUUUCGAAGAAACAAAGAACCCGAGAUCGAAGAAAUGUGGACUCGGUGUGUGGUUGGCGUAUCUACUGCUCUACUAGGGCAGAAUCUGAGCGAUGGCAGGUAAAAGUGUUCAAGGAUGAGCAUAGUUGUGUACCCAAUGGAGAAUGUGAGAUGAUUAAAGUCCCUGUUAUAGCUAGGUUAUUUGUGGAUAAGAUCAGGGAAGAAAUGGAGUAUUAUAUACCUAAGACGAUGGAAGAAAUUAUUAAGGAAAGAUGGAAGAUUAGUGUCUCAAGACCUCAAUGUCAAGCUGCUAGAAACAAGGCAUUGAGAUGGAUUGACAAAGAAUACGAGCAGCAGUUUGCUCGUCUUCGUGACUACGCAGCUGAGAUCAUGGAAUCAAACAUCAAUUCUACGGUGGAGGUUGAAACUGUGAAAAAUAAAGAAGGCCAAGAUGUGUUUGAUCGAUUUUAUGUGUGUUUAGAUGUGUUGAGGAGAACAUGGAAAUCGACUUGUAGGCCAAUACUAGGAGUUGAUGGUUGCUUCUUAAGAGGAAAAACCAAAGGUCAAUUGUUGGUUGCUCUAGGUCGAGAUGCUGAUAAUGCCAUCUAUCCUAUAGCAUGGGGUGUUGUACAAGUUGAAAACACUGAUAAUUGGUUGUGGUUUGUGAAGAACAUCAAGGCAGACUUGGCCUUAGAUGAUGGUGAUGGUUUCAUAUUGAUUUCAGACCGUCAAAAGGGAUUGAUCAAGUCUGUGAAAACAGAGCUACCAAAGAUUGAGCAUCGAAUGUGUGUCAGACAUAUAUAUGGAAACGUGAAGGGCAAACAUGGGAAGAAGACUGAGCUGAAGAAACUAAUUUGGUGGCUUGCAUGGAGCUAUAACGAGGCAGAAUAUAAGGAAAGGCUUGACCGUGUGUUCAACUAUGAUUCAGAGGUAUUUGAAGAUGUUAUGAAGAAAAAUCCAACUUCUUGGGUAAGAGCGUUUUACCGGAUAGGCAAUUUCUGCGAGGAUGCUGAGAACAACUCUACAGAAUCGUUCAACAGCUCUAUAGUUCAAGCGAGAGAGAAGCCCUUAGUUCCGAUGUUAGAAACAAUUGCGCGUCUGGCGAUGGUCCGUAUAGCUGCUAGAGAUGCUAAAGCUACCAGCCACAAACACAUAUGUACUCCUUAUGUGAUUGAGUAUCUUCAAGAGGAACAUAAUAAGGCUGCAAAGUGUGUGGUUCAUAGAAGCACAAAUAAUAUGUGGUUAGUGAAUCUCGAAGGAUGUUAUUUUCGGGUUAGCUUAGAGAAGAGAUCAUGUAGUUGCAUGAAAUGGGAUAUCACAGGAAUCCCAUGUGAGCAUGGAUACGGCGUUAUACUCCAAAAGAAACUAGAAGCUCAAGACUUUGUCUGUCACUGGUUCCGGACAUCAACGUGGAGAAAGACUUAUGAAGAGGGUAUAAUUCCAAUAAGAGGAGCACGGUUCUGGCCAAGUUCAUCAGCUCCAUCAGUUCAUCCAGCCCCUGAUCCUGAUCAACCUGGCCGCAAAAAGAAAAAUGCGAAGGAGAAGAGGAAGAAAGGUGUUAAUGAGUCGCCAGUGAAGAAGAAAGCUAAAACUCUGAAGCGAAUAAUGCAUUGCGGAAUUUGCGGUGAGGCCAACCACAACUCUCGGUUCCAUAAAAAGGGUCAGAAGGAUGGAACACCACAAAUCAAAGCUUCCCAAGGGUCAGCUGCUCAAGAGAUCUAA